AUGACGUGGAAAGCUACCCUUCACGACCAAACUCAAACUCUUCUGUCCUCCUGGGUUGGAACCAACCAUUGCAGUUGGCUUGGAAUUCGUUGCAACAAGGCCGGUAGAGUUGCCCAUAUAGACCUUCACAGUUAUGGUUUGAAAGGUACUCUUUCUAAUCUUAAUUUCUCAUGCUUCCCUCAUCUCCUAAAACUUCGACUUUUUAAUAACUCACUUUAUGGGACCAUCCCCUCCCAUAUUGGUAGCCUUUGGAGACUCACCUACCUUAGCUUGUCUCUCAACAAUCUCUCUGGAACAAUUCCGACCGAAAUAGGCCAACUAACUAAUCUAAGGUUCUUGUACCUGAAUAGAAACCCAAUCGGUGGCUCCAUCCCUCAGCAAAUAGGAUUUCUCAGCUCUCUCAAUGAGCUUGCCUUGUAUACUAACAAUCUCACGGGUUCAAUCCCUUCUUCAAUUGGAAACUUGGGCAACUUAACCAUUUUGUACCUUUAUGACAACCAACUUUCUGGAUCAAUCCCUCCAGAAAUUGGGAUGCUAAGGUCUCUCAUUGAUCUCGAACUCUCAAUGAACAACCUCACGGGUUCAAUCCCUGCAUCUAUAGGGAACUUAGGCAACUUAACCACUCUGCACCUUUUUGACAACCAACUUUCUGGAUCAAUCCCUCAAGAAGUUGGGAUGCUGAGGUCUCUCGUUGGUCUCGAACUCGAAAUGAACAACCUCACUAGUUCAAUCCCUGCAUCUAUAGGAAACUUAGGCAUGUUAACCACUUUGUUCCUCAAUCGAAAUAUGCUUUCAGGACUCAUUCCUUCGACAAUUGGAAACUUGACAAAGUUGAAUACAUUAGAUUUAAGUCUAAAUCCAUUAUCAGGCUCCAUUCCUUCAGAGAUAGGAAAUUUAAAACAACUUGGUUAUUUGUCAUUCGUUGAUAACCAACUCACUGGCUCUAUUCCUCCAAGAUUGAACAAUCUUACACAUUUGAAAUGGUUUCAGAUAGGUUACAACAAGCUCAUGAUAACAAUCUCACAGGUCCCAUCCCAAAAAGCUUGA